AUGGAGAUCACCGCCUCGCCGCCCCGAUCCCCGCCGCCCCCGUUCCGCCGCGUUCCGCCCCGCCCUGGAGCGCCGGGAGCUCCGCGGGCGCCGCCCCCCCCCGGCCCGGCCCGGCCGGUUCUCACCUCGCUGCGGUUCGGCGCGGCCGUGCAGCGGGAGGCGAACGGCUCCGCAGCGCGCACAACAAGCCGCUCGCAGCGCCGCCGGACACGCCCCCCCGCCCCCGCCCGCCGAGCGCCAUUGGACGCCGCGCGCACGUGCCCCGCGUCUCAUUGGUCCGCCCGGCCGUCCGUCCCGCGGCGGCAGCGAGCCGCGGGGGGAGGGGCGCCGCGCCGGGGUGGGCGCCCCCGGGAGGGCCCGGAGGUACCGCGGGGGAGGGGGGAGAGGAGAGGGGGGGGCCGUGCGGGAGAGCGGCGGGAGCGCGGGCGGACGGCGCGCGGCUGUGCGGGGCGGCGCCGGAAAUGGCCGCGGCGCUGCGGGGAGCGCGGCGGGAGUGCGGCGCUGCUGCGGGCGCGGAGGAGACGGACCGCGAGCGCGGAGCUCAGCGCUGCCUGCGGGCAAAGAGAGGGACCGGAACCCAUCACGGCCUCCGGGCGGGCAGGAAGGGGCAGGAAGGGGGCUGCAGCACAGCGCUGCCCGAGGGCGACGAGAAGGACCUCGAGCCCCAACUGCAUCACUGCCUGCGGCUGCGGAGGAAGGCGGCCGGAGCCCAUUGGUGGCCGUGGGCGAGGAGGGGAAGGACCUCCAGCCCAGAGCUGCCCUCUGUUGAAGAGGAAAGGACCCGGAGCUAAAGAGGCCAUCACUGCCAGUGCGAGGAGAAGGACCCCCAGCCCGGCGCUGCCUGUGGGCACAGAGAACAACUCUGAGCCCAGAGCCCAUUGCUGCCUGAGGACAAGGAGGAGGGGGCCUGGAGCCUGCCUAUGGCAUGGAGGAGAACCGCGAGCCCAGAGCCCAUCGCUGCCCUUGGUUGGUGAGGAAGGGGGCCUGGAGCCCAGAGCCCAUCGCUGCUGUAGGCGAGAAGAGGGGCUGUGCCACUGCCGCCCUCCCAGACUGAUCCCAUCAGAAACGCGGCGGAAGAUCCCGCAGACAGCGCUGCCGCUCAGCGCCUCCCGCCCCUCUGCACGGGCAGCGCAGCAGUGCAGUAACGCCGCGUGUGCACAGCGGAGCUGAACACCACCUGGGGCAGGAGUGAGCUGCAGCGGGAGCCGUGCUGUGCUCCGGGUCCUCCUGCAGUGCCCCGAUGGGAAGAGCUGAGCCCAAAAUCCCCCGAAGGGACAUCAGAACAUCUCCGCGUUACGCGAUGUUGUUUUCCGUUCCCAAACAGCACCCACUCUGCCCUUUCCUAAGCUGAGAAACGUAACUACAACCCGCGUUGGUGCGCCGCUGUGAUGAGCAGAAGAGCUGUGAGGUCUGACCCGCAGACAGAGCCACGCACACCAGACCCCAACCCUGCCCAGUGCAGCCCCAUAAACCCCAAUGGAUGACAACACACACCCUGCUCCAUAGGCCGUCCCACACCCUGCCCCAAAGAACCCCCCAGUAGCCCACCACGUAUUCUGACUCAUAGUCCCCAUACCCUGUCCCAUAUAUGCCCCCAUACACGCCCAUAACCUGCCCUAUGUACCCACCCCAUAGGUUCACAUGACUCACACCCUGCCCCACAGCCCCAUAAUAAAUACGCCCAUACCCCCCCCCAUAACCCCCAUACCUCCCACCCUGUCCCAUAGACCACCAUAGGUUCUCCAUAGCCUUACCCAAAGCCCACUGCAUAUCCUGCCCCACAGGCCCUUUAUAUACCCCCAUAGAUCCUCACACCCUGCCCCAUCUCCUGCCCCACAGAGCCCCCAAACCAACUCCAUACCCUGCUCCACUGAACCCCUGGUUCAUACCCCAUAGUCCCCAUAUUCCAUACCCCAAUCCCACCUCAUACCCCCACACUCUGGCUCAUGUACCCCUCAUAACCUGCCCCACUGAAUACUCCUAUCCCAUCCCACCGCCCCCACAGUUUGCCCCAUGUACCCCUCAUAGCCCGCCCCACAGCCCACCCCAUAGACACCCCAUAACCCACUACGUCGUCUUCUCUCACAUACCUUGCCCCAUAACGUGCCCCAUAGCAUGCCCCAUAGAUCCCCAGCCAACCCUCCUCAUGUGCCCUACAGCCCCCACAUCCCCAUCCCACUCCCAUUUAUUUCCAUAUUAAGCCCCGCCCCCUUACAGCCUGCCCCACUGCCUGUACUCGAGGCCCCGCCCACCUCAGGCCCCGCCCCGUUAGGCCCCGCCCACUGACAUGCAGCCCGGGAGGCGGAGACAGUAUGUGGGUGGCCCCGCCCCCUGGCAACGCCCUCCACAGAGCUCCGCCCCCUUGCUCCUCAGGCCACGCCCCUUUCCUCCACUGCCCGCAGGCCCCGCCCCCCACGUGGUGCAAUGGGAUGUGGGCGGGGUCACAAAGGGGCGGGGCAACAAAGGGGGCGUGUCCAGAAUGGCAGUGGGGUCAGAAAGGGGUCAGGGGGUGGGGCUGGGGUCAGUGGGGUCAAAUAGGCCCCAUAACUGCCCCAUAGACCCCCUAUCCACCCUAUAGCCCGUAUGACUACCCCAUAGACCCCAUAGCCACUCCAUAACCGCCUCAUAGACCCUAUAACCACCCCAUAAUACACCCGUGUCUGCCCCACGCCUGUUGCAGGCCCCAGACACAGCUGCUCUCGGCCCCAUAGGAGCCCACAAGGGUGGCACAAGAGAGGCAACAGUGGCCUUGAGAGAUGUGGGGCUGAGACCCCAUAGUCGGUGUGGGGAUGACUCAUGAGUGGAGUCAGCUAAUCAACUAAUUGCUCAUUAAUUAUCACUGAUUAGCUAUUAUUUAUCACAAAAUGACACUAAUUACCACUUAAUUACCACUCAUAAUCAUCCCCAAUUACCAAUUACCAGUUACCCAAAGUUCCACUAACUCCCCAAUACUUCCCUGACCAAUUACCCACAAUUACUACUAAUUACCCAUUAAUUUCAACCAUUUAACCCUAAUUACCCCAUAAUUACGCUAUGAUUACCCACUAUUACCCCAUUACCACUAAUUACCCAUUAAUUACCAUUAGUUACAGAAUAAUUACCAAUUAAUUGCCCCUAAUUACCCCUAAUCACCCCCAGCUGUCAUUGAUCCCCCACUAAUUACCCCCAAUUCCCACUAAAUCCCACUAAUUCCCCCAUUUUUACCCCCCUAAUUAGCACUAAUUCCCACUAAUUAUCUCUCAAUUCUUACUAAUUAUCCCCAAAUUACCUAUACUCCUCACUAAUUACCACCACUAUUCCCACUCAUUCUCACCAAUUAUCUCCAAUUAUCACUGAUUCCCACUAAUUACACACUCAAUUCCCACUAAUUCCCCGUAAUUAUCCUUAAGUACCCUCAAUUACCACUAAUUACCCAAUUCCAACUACUUACCCCUAAUUCACCCUAAUCACCUGAUUCCUGCUAAUUAUCCCCCAUUCCCACAAAAUCCCACUAAUUGAUCCCCAAUUCCCAACAAUUACACCCAAUUACCCCCUAUUCACACUGAUUACCCCAUGAAAUCCCAUUAGUUACCUCCAGUUCCCACUAAUUACUCCUUGUUCUCCCCAAUUACCCCAAUUACCCCCAUAAUUACCAUCAAUUACCCCCAAUUCCCACUAUUUUCCCCCAUAUAGCCCCAAUUCCAUUCCCUAUAAUUCCCUCAAUCCCCCAACUCCCCCCAGUUCCCCCUAAUUCCCACCUAUUCCCCCCCAAUUCCUCCUAAUUUCCCAGUUUCCUUCAAUCCUCCCAUUCCCUCCUGUUCCCCCAAUUCCCAGUUGGGGUUGGGUUAGGGUUAGGGUUGGGAUGAGGGUUAGAGUUGCUGUUGGGGUUGGGUUGGGUUUGGAGUUGGAGUUGGGAAUAGGGUUGAUG